GGUGGGAGGGGGCAGUGGGUGGGAUGCAUGGGGGUAGACCCAGCCAGCUCAGAUCAGGCAGACCCUUCCCUGCACGCCCAGGCUGCUCCCAGAGCUGCUCCAGCUGCUGCCCUCACGUAACCAGAGCCUGCCUGUUGCAUCAGAGGCAGGCGGGCAGCCACAGGUAAACAGAGCAGCCCUCGGGGGGCCCGGGGCUCCCCAGCCACCUCCACGCUCCCCAAGCCUUGUUCUGUGCUUUGGAGCCAAGGCAGAAGCCCCCAUCCUAGCAUGGGCUCUGGUGUAUCCUUGGGACAUCUGAGUGUUUGGUGUUGGGCAUUGUGGGGCAGCGCAGUGGGGGCAGAGGCAGGACCCCUGGUCCCUACCUUCUUAUGACAGUGUGAACCCUAGCUUAUGUCCAAAGAUGAAAGCUUUGCCCAGACUAAGGAUCCAAACUGCCCGUGUCACAGAUGGGUAGAUUGAGGUUGGGGGAGAGGCCUCCCGGAACCCCAAGUUUCCUGCCUCAGUGUUCCCCCACACACUGACAUCUCUACAUGCUCCCCGCAGAGUCCAGGAGUCUAGCCAUCCCCUGUUGUCUUCCAAGAAGGUGGAUACCAAGCAGCCAUUGCAACCCACCUGCUCUCCCACUCUAUCUGCCCCAAAUUGACCCCCUCCUCUGCAUCUCCCUGCCUCUCUUUGGGUGCCCAGCCCAGUCUGCUUCUGCCUACCGCUCUGGCUUCAUCUCCCUCAUCUUGCCCACCAAAGAAUGCUGUGCUUUCUGCCUCUACACCUUUGCAAGUGCUGUUGCCUCUUGGAAAACCCUUCUCCCAGUGGCAAACUCCUAUUCGUGCUUCAAGGCCUAGUAAACAAUGCCCCCUUUUAUGGGAAGACCUCUCUGGCCCCUCUGGCGCAGUUCUGAUUCUCCAGAGCUUGGGGGAGUGUGUGGCAGCUCUGCCUUCUCCAGACCAGCGGUUUCUUCAGGAUUACACAGUCCAAAAUCAUCUUCAUUCUGUAAUUCUACUCACAUUGGUUCACUCACCAAUCCUGUUCUGAUUUCCCUUCUGGGCUUGGCCCUCUGCUGGGAUCCCAGGGAGGGAGUGGAUACAGGGGUCUGGGCUGGGGUCUAGUCCUGGAAGCCACACCCCCUGCACGCAGCUGACCUUUAAAAUGGAGGAGGACACCCAGCAGCCAGAGGGGUCUGUUGCCCUCCUGUGGAGACACGGGAGGCAAGCAAGCAUCCAGCUACAGGGGCACAUAUGAGCUGUCCCCCCAUUUGAGUGAGAGCAAGCCUCGAUGUUGGCUUCCAGAAGGGCUCCGUCCCUGGGGCCUUUAGGGUCUUGGGUCAGAGUUAUAUUUCACUCAGUUUAGAAUAAGUCUAGGGUUGGGGCUAGCAGUGAUCCGAACUAGAGACAGGGUCCGAAUUAGCGUCAGGGUCACAGUAAUAAGGUCAGGGCACCCAGUGAGGGCGGGAGAAGCCUGGCGGGUCUGAUCCAGCCCCCGCCCCGGUCCCCUUUCUUCAUUAUACGCCCUCCUAACUUCAGCGUCUUCCGGGGUCUGAGUCCGGGUCCCCAGAACUCCCGGGGCGGGGCCACGCCCAAGUGCCUGCCCGUCACGGCCCAUAUGCAAAUGAACCCCACCCCGCCCAAUCAGCUCCCGCGGGGGCGGGGCCGCCCAUUCUGGAGGCACCUGUGGCAGCUCGGGCGCUGCGAGCUCUGGGCUGCGGCUGCCAGACUGGUCCGCUAGCGUCCAGAGGGCCCCGGGCCCAGCAGGCCAAGGUCGCAUCACCCAGCCUGGCACAAUGGGGAGGAAAAAAAUCCAGAUCUCACGCAUUCUGGACCAAAGGAAUCGGCAGGUGACGUUUACUAAGCGGAAGUUCGGGCUGAUGAAGAAGGCCUAUGAGCUGAGCGUGCUCUGCGACUGUGAGAUCGCCCUCAUCAUCUUCAACAGCGCCAAUCGCCUCUUCCAGUACGCCAGCACGGACAUGGACCGCGUGCUGCUCAAGUACACGGAGUACAGCGAGCCCCACGAGAGCCGCACCAACACCGACAUCCUCGAGACACUGAAGCGGAGGGGUGUGGGCCUUGAUGGACCAGAGCUGGAACCAGAUGAAGGGCCUGAGGGGCCAGGAGAGAAGCUGCGGAGGUUGGCAGGUGACGGGGGUGAUCCAACCUUGCCCCGGCCCCGACUCUAUCCAGCAGCCCCUACUAUGCCCAGCCCGGACAUGGUAUAUGGGGCCCUGCCCCCACCAGGCUGCGACCCCAGUGGGCUUGGGGAGGCCCUUCCCGCCCAGAGCCGCCCAUCCCCUUUCCGGCCAGCAGCCCCCAAAGCUGGGCCCCCAGGCCUGGCACACCCUCUCUUCUCACCAAGCCACCUUGCCAGCAAGACGCCGCCACCCCUGUACCUGGCAGCGGACGGGCGGAGGCCGGACCUGCCCGGUAGCCUGGCGGGGGCCCGAGGGGGGCUGAGCACCUCAAGAGGACUCUAUGGUAGCCUACAGAGUCCAUGCUCGGCCACAGCUCCGGGACCCCCACUUGGGAGUUUCCCCUUCCUCCCUGCAGGCCCCCCAGGUAUGCACCACCCCCAUGUGUCCUUCUGUGGGAGACAUCCAUACACCUGCCUGCUGGGGGUGAGGGGUGAGGGGUGGUGGUCAGCAUUUCCCCACCCACCAGAACUGAAAACUGGCUGGUGAGAUGGGUGAAACUUGGGCAAGGGGCUCCCUGAGGUCAGGGCCUCAGUUUAUUC